UUUUCUGCUCGCCAGCCGCUCCGUACCUCCCCACUCCGAACCCCUUACCUGAGAUCAAAUUUACCCAGAUUUAAAAAAAUGGCGUACCUACUGCAAGUCUGCUGUAAGAAGAUCUACCUGACAGCGGGAGGGCAUCACACCGACCCAACACAGUUCAGCGAUUUUGAAGCAAGGAAGGAGAAAGUGCAAGUUUCCAACCCGGCCAAGUUUUUCCGCGAUCACGGUCGGGACUACCUCGUGUGCUGUGCUGACUUUGAAGACAAGGCACUUGUGUUGGCGAAGCCAAAGGAUUUGUCUGAAGUAAAGGCAGCUCCAUUCGUGAGAGAGACCUUGCGGUCAACAGCUGAAGAACUACUCGUGAUACCAUUUUCCGAGUUGGCAGAUGUCGCUACUGAAGUUGCCAAAGACGUUGAACAUGUCACAACUGUUUUCCUCCAUCAUACAAUGCGCUGCGGCUCGACACUGCUGGUCAAAGCUCUACAAGCGAGCGGCGAGAUGCACACAAUAUCCGAACCCGACGUGCACACCAAUUUCGCACAUUACGCUCUCCAAAAAGAUCCAUCUUCUGAUGAUGAGGAAAUGCUCAAGACCGUCAUUAGACACACCAACACCCUUUUCAACUAUACCCUGUUACAGGACAAUCCUUCCAAAACAAUAACCUGUUAUAAACUGCGUGGCCAGGUUCUUCCCAUUGCAGACCUGUUGCAAACCGCAUUGCCAAGAGUGAAGAACAUCUUCCUGUAUCGGGACGUCAUUGGAUAUGUUGACUCCAGCAUUCAUCUCAUGGCAGGCGGCCGCUAUUGGAAGUACUGGCUUCAAACUACUCUGAAACGUGAUGUCAAGUAUGUUCAGAACGUAGGUGACAUAGUGGUCCCUUCGCCAUGGGAUGUCCCUGUGUUUACUUCCAUUCCCGUUACCCAUGGUGUCGUAUGGUUCUUUGCCUGUAUUUGGCUCAUACUCAUGAAAAAAGCAAAUGAGCUGACGAAAGAUGACCCACAUAAAUGUUUCCAUGUGAUACUAAGAUACGAUGAGUUAUGUAGGUAUAAGGAGGACAUGGUUCUGAAGGUAAUGGAUAUUCUCGGAAUCGGAUGUCGAGAUAAGGAUGCCAAACAUAAAAUACGAGAACUUUUCAGUGUUGACAGUCAGGCGGGCCAUAGAUUGUCCAGUAGGGGGCCGGGUGGGGGAGGCAGCUGGGUGGGGGACUGGGAGAUGGGUAUCAUCUUAAAGGUUCUUGAACAUGCUAACAUGGAAAUCAACCAACCAGACUUUGUAACCAACGGGACUCUUACCCACAUUUGAAAAUAUUCGUCAUUAAAGCUACAUCAAUUAAGUUCACAAGAUGAAAAAAAUUAUAAAAUCUGAGGUGUUAUUUGGCAAUAUUAAUAAUUGCUGCCUUUAAUUCUUAUUAUCCUAAUGCUGACGUAUUUGGCAAAGUGCAGAUAAAACAGGAUAUGUUAUCUAUUUAUGCAUACUUAGAUAACUCUAUCAAAUUGAAAUAUUGUAAACAUUGUCAUAAGAAUGUAUAUACUAGAUAUAAAGACCUCCACUGUGUCUUUUCUCAAUAUUGUCUGUAUAUCAUAGAACCUGGGUGAAGUAC